AUGCACGCACUCCUCAACGAGCCGCUAUAUGAGUAUUUCAAUAUAUUUAUUCUCCAAGAUAUUUGGUGGGGCUGCAUUGGCUCCCAGAAAGACACUAACCCGGAAAAACAGAAUAUUUAUGGUACUGUCUCCUCUACUAACUUUCUAUGCAUUAUUCCUCCAGGCGCCAACACUGCCAAGGGGCCAGGGGUAGCUAUCUAUAUACGAAACAAUCAAGACAUACACCCACAAUUCUCAGACAUAUCCCCCAUUCACAAGGACAUUCUUGCCAUCGACCUCAAACUCCACAACUCACCGGUCACAAUAAUUAACUGCUACCCCCAUGGCAAGAGCUUCAAGGACACAGUGGAAGCAAUCACCAACAUCAACAUCCCCAUGGACAGACCAUUUAUUAUGGCCAGGGACUUCAACAUGCACCACCCAGAUUGGGCGCUCAAUCAAUCCAAGUGGGAACACCAUUGCCCCAACGCGCAGGAGAGACUAUUCAGGACAUACGCUGAGUACCAAGACCUCCACAUCCUUAACCACCUCAACCUCCCCACCCACAUUGUCCCCAGAUUGCACACUUCCAAUGCCAUUAUAGAUCUUACACUUCUUAACAGCCAAGCUGUUGACGCGUGGCCAAACCUCAACUGGGAGGUGGAAGCCCAGUCCUCAGGCAAAUCCCUUGGGUUGGACCACAUGGCCAUCACAUGGACCAUUGGCCCCCACAACCAAGCCAAGCCUGUUGGGGUCACGGAACCGUCCCCCAGGCACAUCAUUGACACCAGCCGCCAAAAGAAGUGGACCCAAGAAUACAUGCAGCAAGUCCAGAAGACCCAUCUCCCCACAGAUCCACGGUCGGCCAAAGAAGCUGAUAGGAUCACGUCCUUGAUCCUAGACGCCAUGUCAAAUGCCACCAAGAUGGUCAUGCCCACCCCAUUGCGUCAAAAGAAGCCUGGACCAGUUAGAUCCCCAUGGUGGACAGACAAGUGUUCUGAGGCCGUCCACAACCUCAAACACAACCCUGACCAGAAACCAAGGGAACAGCUGAGAGCAAGCUUGCGUGGCGCCAUUAGACAAGCUAAGAAACACAGAGGGGACAAGAUCCUGGCAGAGAUCUCCACCCAACGUGUCUUUGACGUUCUCAAAUGGUACCAAGGGAAGCGGCGAUCAAUCCUCCCCCCCAUCCAUCAUCCAAGUUCAGGUAUCACAGCCACCCAUCCACACGACAAAGCUAGGCACCUAGGGGCCCAGUUCUUCCCACCAGCCAACUCCCCGCACGUCACACUGGAACCCCUUGGCAUCAGAGAACACCCCAGAAGACCCCACCAGCCAAUCACCACCGCAGAAGUCAGAACUGCCAUCAACCUCACAUCAAACCGCUCCGCGCCAGGAGCGUUUGGUUCUAACUACUGCCUGCUGAAAUGGGCCUUCAACGCCUCCCCCAACCACUUUGUCACGCUGUUUAACUUAUGCCUGAACAUUGGAUACCACCCCACCGCCCUGAGGAACUGUAUUAUUGCACCUAUCCCCAAACCCAACCGCGCCAACAUGUCUACCCCAAAGAACUACCGACCGAUUGCUCUACUAGAAACCCUCUCCAAGCUCCUGGAAAAGGUUAUAACAGCUAGACUCAUCCACAAGGCUGGGGAACAUCAACUCAUUCCCCAAUCUCAAUUCGGAGGUAAAGACAUCACCUCAUGUACAGACGCUGGACUAUGCAUGGUACACGACAUCCAACUUGCCUGGAAAAGGAACAAGGCUGUAUCCCUACUCACUCUAGACGUAUCAGGAUAUUUCAACAACGUUGAUCACUCCAGACUCAUAUACACCCUUAGGAGACUAGGCUACUCGUCAAACAUAUGCAAAUGGCUAAAAUCAUACCUUAGCAAUCGCACUGCCCAAUUCCGUAUAGACGGCCUACUCUGCCCCCACUUCCAACUUCCAGACGUCGGUAUCCCUCAGGGCUCCCCUCUAUCACCCAUCCUCUCUUCACUCUACUCUAUCCCUCUUCUUGCUGCUUCUAUAGAUCCUCAAGCCCACUCCUUCGCUUACAUAGACGACUUUACCAUCCUCGCUUAUUCCCGCUCCCAUCAAGACAACAUCACCAUCAUGACCGACAUCAUCAAGAACAUUAAUCAAACUGCUAUCAAACUUGGCCUGGAAUUCGAACUACCUAAGUCUGACCUCAUUCAUUUCAUCCGCUCUGCUUGUACCCCUCAUUCCAAUCCAUCACUGACCUUUUCCCACUUUGGUACAGAUACUGUCAUCAGUCCAAAGGACGUGGUCCGAUGGCUGGGAUUCUAUCUGGACAGAAAGCUUAACUUCAAGGAACACAUCCAGACCAUGGCAGUCAAAGCCAGAGCUACCCUAGCUGGUCUCCGUAUGUUAGCUAACUCCCAGAACGGUCUCUCAGUCCGUCAUGCCCGCAUCCUGUUUAAGGCCAGUGUCACUCCGAUCCUGACUUAUGGGCUCCCUCUGUGGUUUCAUGGGCGCAGGCAGUUGUCGUUGCUCGAACCACUUAGGAAAGUCCAGAAUCAAGGUCUGAGAUGGAUACUUGGUGCUUUCCGAACGACUCCCACCAGAUGCAUGGAGCACCUCGCUUCAAUCCCUCCCCUACACAUUGCUUGUCUUAGAAUCAUCGAAAAUCUUGCUAGCAAACUCAGAUCCAUCCCCACACUAGCUGAGGUCGCGCGACGACUGCCACAGAGUUGGGACUCUUCCACAUCCCCCCAACCUAACCCCAAAUCUCCUAUUGCAUUCGCCGCGUCCCUCUCGCACCCGGACAUUGAGUUCAUCACACCGUACCUUGUUCACCCGUCGAAACCCAAUAACCCAUGGCCGGACCAACUCUCAAUCGAUGAGAAGCCACCAGGUGCCACCAAAAAUGCCGCCGCCAAGGUUAUCCAGAACGAGAUCGAAGAAGCCGAAAGCAACCCGAAUGGGAAUACCAUCCACAGUUUCUCGGAUGGCCACGCCGGUUCACUCAACGGCGUCCCCAAGAUCGGGCUAGGCUUCAUCGUAAAAUACGGAUAUCAGAUCCUAGCAAGACAAUCCUACAGUAUUGGCCCCCGAGCGAACAUCUAUGACGCGGAAAUGCUGGGCAUAGCCCUCUGCCUAAACAAAUCCGUGUCAAUUGCCGAACAAGUACAAGCCAAGCGAAUCAUCAUCUACUGCGACAACCAGGCGGCGGUCAAAACCAUAUCGUCCCUCCAGAGACACCCCGCACAAUACGCCGCCCGGAUAUUCCACCAACACGCCCAACGUUUCCUGGAGAAAGACCCGAACCACCACAUCACUGUCAAAUGGUUGCCUGGUCACUCCAAGAUAGCUGGGAACGAACUCGCAGAUGAACUAGCUAAGGGGAGCGAAACGCUCCAACCUACCCCCGUAUUCAACAGAACAAUCACAUGGGCCAAAACGAUGGCUACGAAACGAACCACUAGAGACUGGAAGAAAGUUUGGGCAGAACACACAAUCACUCGCCCAGACUCGGGCACCUUCAUCCCACGCCCCCCAGCACUCAAACUACACCCCAUAUUCAACCGCCCCACAUACCCUCGCAACGUACAAUGCCGCCUAGUCCAAUUCCUCACUGGACACGGCUUCUAUGGGGCAUACAGCGCUCGUUUCCACCCACACAUCGACCCCCAAUGCUCAUGCGGCGAACCAUCCCAAACGCCCGAGCACCUGCUCAUGUUCUGCCCGAAUACGGAGGAAUACAGACACAUCAUCACUGAAGCAUCACCUGAACGCUCCUGGGAGGAGUUAUUCGGAACACUGCCGGGACUGGAGGCAGUAUCUGAGUUCAUACUGAAGUCGGGCAUUGGAAAGUGUAGAGAUCCGCCGGCAACCGCUCAACCUCUGUAG